UAAAUGGAAUUUAAAGCACUACUGAAUUUAAAAUAUGCUAUGUCCACUGUGUCCAGACGGAUGUAUUUCAUUAAUGAGGGUCAGCUGGUUACAGGAGGAAUGCACAGCUGGUGACCGGCGGAUGUCUCAGUGUCUUCAUGUUGCCGCGAGGGCGCGCCCGUGCGCAGCGAUCGGACGUAGAAAAAUACAAAGUGAACCUCAACCGAUAACUCAUCUGCUUUACCAGAGGUCGUGAACAGGUAACUGACGCAUCACAGCGCUGGAUUGAAUGGAAAUCUGCUGAAAAAUGUACGUUGAUCUUUACCUGCAGGAUAUAUGUUAACUUUUGACCCACUGGAAGAUCCAGUGUUUGACCUAAGUCAUACGUGAUAUAGAUUACCAUAAUGAAGAAUGAAUGAAGAAAACAGAAGAACGAAGAGGAGGUACACAUAUUAGAUAAAGAAGAGGGUCUUCUAUGCUUUAAAUGUCAUCCUUAUUGUCUGGGAAGAUAAAAGUGAAUUCUGUAUUUGAUACUGUGUGGAAGAAGAGGUGCAUUGGUUUUCAGUAAGUGAAAGGACGGAGGAAAGAACAAUGGAUUUGAGAUCGUCUGUUUUCCUUCAUGGUCUUCAAGCUUUUUUGAAACUUUGGUACCUGAACGGUAAAUUAAAACUUGCAAUUCAGUUAUGAUGUAGUUCAGUCACGUGAAAACCACUAUGAAUCUGACCCCAGAUCAGCCACCAACCCAGCUCUAUGACCUUCCAAGGGCAUUGGACCUUCAGCGUGAACCUCAAAACAAGAGCAGGUCGGCUCCAGCCAGCUUCUUCAACAGCACCUUCUUCUUCCAGGAUAAUGCAGCUUUAGAAUGGCAGCUGUUCCUCACCAUCCAAGAACCUGGCACCAUUAUCUUGACUGUCCUGUACUCUAUUUCCUUCCUUGUGGGUUUUUUUGGGAAUGUCAUGUCCCUCAAAGUCCUACUGGGCCAGCAUGGAAGCAUGCGACUGUCAGGUGCGAGCGCCACCCGUUGCCUGCUGAUAAACUUAGCGGUGUGUGACCUGGCGGUGGUUUGUGUUUGCAUGCCUGUCACCCUAGGUCACCGCAUCUAUACACCAUGGGUGUACGGGGACUUCUUGUGCCGCGCGGUGCCCUUCACGCAAGCAGUGUCCGUUUCGGCCAGCGUCCUGAGCAUCACGGUCAUCAGUAUCAGCCGCUACUAUGCGGUUCACUCGCCGCUACAGUCCCGUGCCUACUUUACUCGUCGACGCAUCCUUGCCUCUGUCACAGUCGUGUGGCUUGUCUCCUCUGUGAUCUGCAUGCCAGUCGCCAUAGUUACCAGGCGUGAUGAAGUAGCUUUGAUCGAAGGGCUGGCCAUCGUGUUGCCCGUCUGUGGAGAGGUAUGGCCUGAGCCGCGCUUGCGACAGGCAUACAACGUCCUGCUGUUCAGUGCCCUCUACUGCCUACCUGUUGGGUUUAAUCUCACUCUAGCUUUCCUCACAUGUCGCCGGCUGCGUAGCACUGGUUCUGAGGGCCGGUUCACAGAGUUGGACCCCCGUUCCCAGGCACUUCAUGAAACAAGGCUGCAGGGGCGCAGGCAAAUCGCACGUAUGGUCACAGCUUUGGUGCUGCUCUUUGCUCUGUCAUGGUUGCCAAUGUAUGUGACUGAUAUUUGGCUGGACCGUGAGUUACGCCAUCCACCGGACUGGCUCCUACAAACCAGACCCUUUGCACAAUGGCUGGGCCUCACCAACUCUUCUCUCAACCCUUUUUGCUACUGCUUCAUUGGUGACCUCCACCGCUCAGCCAAGGCUUUGCGUUUGCGCCUCUGUGGCCCAUCCCCGGCCUCGGCGCUGGCCCUGGCAUCCCUCCCAAAAAUAUUCAACCUGCAGAAUCAAGAGAAAUCUCAUGGGAGCACCACCGAAAACUCAACCAACUCUUGUGGGGAGGACACUGGGAACCUGAAUCUGUCAAUGUGGUGGACUCAAUCUAGAACAUGUGAGUCAAUGAGCUUGCCUUACCACUUAGGAAUGACUGAGGUGAUUACACUGGAUACAUAGCAGACCUGAUGCACUGCUGUGAACAUUCACGUUCAGAUGUGUUGUGUUUUGUGCUUCUAGAAAACUGGAUUUAAGGGUUAGUUUGAAGAAAAAUAACUUACUCUCAAGUCACACAGGUUUGGAACGACAUGAGUAAAUGAUGACAUGAUUUUUAAUUUUUAUAUGAACUAUGUCUUCAUGGUUUAAAAAAUAACUUUCAAGGUUAGCGGAAACAAUGGCAAACAAUUAUUUUUUGGAAUACCUGUCUGAUUUUAGUUAACUAUUCUUUCCAAUAUUCUCAAAUGGGAACGGGACAGUCAUGUGUGAGGACUAAGUUUCUUUUUAACCCUUAUAUUUGUUAAAACUAUCUAACGGCAUGGUGUUUAAACAUUUCAUAUUCCAGGUGGAGUAGAUGUAAAUCUGUUGAUGAAGUUUUGAUCUGCUGUAAAUGUGCUAAUAAUGUGAAAUAAAUAUCUUGCUGUUGAAACUUAUAAGGGUUUAUCAUAUGAAUAUAUAUCAUAAUGGAAUAAAGUGUUUCAGUGCAGAAUAUAUACGGUUAUGUUGCUAAGUUUUUCCUAGAGCAGUGUCUUAAGAUAAAUCAAGUUUAACGUCAUUAAUUGCUGCACCAAUGUCUGGCAGAGUGGUUUAAUUAAAAUGAUCAUUUGAGUGAAACCCAGACACAUACGCACUCACACCUACUGUCUGUGGCGAAGAAACACAUGGUAAUAUCUUUCUGUGAACACACUCACGGCUUCUCACCUCCUCUUCUAAAUGUGGAAACCAUCUGCAUCUCAAGUCAUCACCCUCUUCUCACUGUUAUCUUACUGAAGUCAGAUUCUAAACUACACUACCGUUCAAAAGUUUGAGGUCAGUAAGAUUUUAAUUUUUUGGGAAAGAAACUGAUAAAUCCUACU